AUGAAGCGCUUAGGUGGCGAAGUUUUAACAACAGAAAAUGCACGCGAAUUCUCUUCUACUGCAAAAGGAGAAACACUUGAAGAUUCUAUUAGAACUGUCGAAGGGUAUUUGGAUAUAAUUGUAAUGAGGCAUUUUGAAAGUGGUGCUACCAGAAGAGCAGCGAUGACAGCUAACAUUCCUGUUAUCAAUACUGGAGAUGGUCCAGGUCAGCAUCCUUCUCAGGCUCUUCUUGAUGUGUACACCAUUGAAAGAGAGAUAGGAAAGUUGGAUGGAAUCAAAGUCGCACUUAUUGGGGAUCUUGCAAAUGGGCGAAAAGUUCGCUCUCUUGCAUAUCUUUUAGCCAAAUACAAUGAUGUCAAGAUCUACUUUGUCUCUCUGGAAGUUGUAAAGAUGAAGGUAUGUGUAGCACCUGGUUUCCGAUUUUGA